AAUCUCCCAACUCAUUUUUGUUGACAGUUCCUCUUAGUUCCUUUGCGACCUUUGUAGUGUGAAUUCGGGUUUGAUGUAAAAGUUCAUAAGGGGAAUAUCCGUCUUCCGUCUUGGAAGCUGAGUCGACGAGUACCGGAUAGUUUCAAUUUUUGUGAUAUCUCGCGAAACUUGAAUUGCGGACGAGUAACAAAAGCGAUGGAUUUUUGCAUUUGCGUGACAUAGCAUAUGUGUGCGAAAGAGAGAGUAAACGGUGGUUACAUGCCAGUGAAUGAAGAGAUAUAAUAACGAGAUAGAAGGAGAGUCGUUUAUGGUAUUCACGUUGAUGUGAGAGAGACCGAGAGCGCGGCCGCCAUGAUGGAAUAGGGAGAGAGCGAGAUAGAUACACCGGUGGAAGAGAGGGGUGGGGCGUUUCGUUUGUGGGAAAAAUCACAGAUUUUUCUACAACAAUGUUCGAGCCCGACGAGGAGGGAAAGGUAAGGAUUUCAGGCGGUGUAUGAAGUUAGAAAUCUACUUUCUAGCCGGAAAGGGGGAAGACUUCGGAAACAUAGACAAUGUGAAAAAAUCUCGGCCGAAUACAUGACCUACUGUCGAUUGUAAACAACUGCGUUUGAAACUGAAAUAUUACAAGAUGUGUAUAUGAGCGUGUAAUUGAAAUGGCGAUCUAUGUUGGAAUUCCUGUUAAUAAAAUAGAUCUCUGUAUCCAUACUGGUGUUGUCCUCAGAGGUGCAAACACUAGAGAGGAUGAAGUACACAGUUCGGGAACGUUGAACAUCGUUGAAUACAGCUUUGGAAAGUGCAUCGAAUGGAAGCCAAUAGAAGUGUCAGUAGUCUCGGAGAAUCAAGACCAAGACCCGGAAUGGUCCUUAGUAGAUUCUCAUACAAGAAGGACCAGAACCUCGUCCGAAGGUCCUGACUCGUUAGGACGAACAAAGGCCGUCCGGAUUCUUUUUUCGGAUCUUAAAUCCUUCCGAAUUAAUUACGGAGGUCAACAAUUGAUUUUCAUGCAAAGAGAUGGCACCACAUAUGUGGCCUUUUUCCAGUUGUCAAAUGCAGAAAGUUUCGUCAAUUCUUUAAAGGGUUUUAUUAACUUUGUCAAAUCGCGAAUGGACAAAAAUAUGUAUUUAGUAUUAGACGAAGUUAACUCAGUAGUGAAGAGUUUUUCGGAGUUGGAUAUUUUAGGGGAAAACACAUCCGAUUAUGUGUGGAAGUUUGUUAAAAAUCUUCAAAACCAUCCUUACGAGACCACACUCGAGACUUUCAGCAAAUUAGCUGACAUUUGGAUCUACAAAGAGCCGGUUAAACGACCGGUAGAAGAAGCUGUAGCAGAUCUUUUAAAUCGUUCUCUCACAAUAGAUGUCCCACCAACAACGGUCUCCAUGGAUUCGGGUGAAGAAUAUGAAGUCAUAGGCGAAUCAAGGAUUGGCAUUGUACUUCCUCCUCGGCCACCCUGUCCACGGGGUGCUUCUUUGACGGAAGAUCAAUGGGAAAGAUAUAGAGAUAAGGAAGGAAGAGUUACCGAUCCAGAUGCUGUCAAAGAAAUAAUAUUUCGAGGGGGUAUAACUCCAUCCUUGCGAUAUCAAGUAUGGAAAUUUUUGUUAAAUUACUAUCCAUGGAAUUCGACAGCCAUGGAAAGAAUGGAACUCAGAAGGAAAAAGACUGAGGAAUAUUUUACAAUGAAGUUGCAAUGGCGAUCCAUGACUAUUGAUCAAGAAACCAGAUUUUCCGGCUAUCGUGAUCGCAAGAGUCUUAUAGAGAAAGACGUAAAUAGGACUGACAGAACUCACCCUUAUUAUUCGGGUGAGAACAAUCCUCAUGUAGCUCAACUGUAUGAUGUUUUGAUGACUUACGUUAUGUACAAUUUUGAUCUGGGAUAUGUACAAGGUAUGAGUGAUCUACUCAGUCCAAUAUUAUGUCUAAUGGACAGUGAACCCGACGCUUUUUGGUGUUUCGUCGGCUUUAUGAACAAAGUGAGUACAAAUUUCGACAUGGAUCAAGCAGGCAUGAAAGCACAGCUUUGUCAACUCCACGCCCUGCUUCUUAUCACGGAGCCACAAUUGUCUCAAUACUUGGAGAAAAAUGACUCCAGUAACAUGUUUUUCUGCUUCCGAUGGUUAUUAGUUCUCUUUAAAAGAGAGUUUAACACUGUGGAUAUAAUGAAGCUCUGGGAGAUUCUGUGGACGGAUUUACCUUGCAAGAAUUUCCACUUAUUAAUCUGUGCUGCAAUUUUGGAUACAGAAAAGUCAAUACUCAUGGAGAAUCACUAUGGCUUUACCGAAAUCUUGAAGCACAUCAAUGACCUCUCCCUGCACAUUGAGCUACCUUGGACUUUAUCUAAAGCUGAGGGAAUCUAUCAUCAACUGAUGUCUAUCGGACCUCAUCUGCCAAAUAAUAUUCGAGCCAUAAUUGGUCUUGAACCAUUGAUCAACAGUGAAUCCAGUGACUCAGAGGAUGAACCAUUAAAUCUUACUCAUUCAAACGGUGAAAGCGAUCAAGCGAUCGCUUCUAAUGGCAACGAGGACGGAAACGUCAAAAUCGGCAACGAUGAAGUGUCUUUCGAACGUGGCUUAAAUUUAUCAUACAUGUGAGAACAAGACUGUCCUUCGUUACAAGUCCGUAACCUUGUCGCAAUGAGUCUAUGAAAACUACAAAAACGUGGAGGGUUGUGCCAUGUAAAAGUACUGAAAAUUUAAUUUUAAAAAUGUUUGAAAUACUCAAUGUUUCAUUUCAUAGUGCUCACAAAUUCAAUACGUGUACAAAAAUUGAAGAAACAUUUCUACUUGUACAACUCUUUAUGUUAAGUUUAUUCUUAUUUCAUUUGCAUAGUAAAAAAUUGUUUUAAAUCAUUUCUUUAAAUACCUAAAUUUGGUACAACCCUUGCAAUUAGCUCAUUAGAAAAAUAGUUGAGAAACAAAUAUUUUAACAUGGUAUUUAAGACCAAAUUUACAAGUUCGGGGUAUGAGAAAAAGUUUUGAGUACCGUUAGCUUACACUUUAUUGACUUGAGGCAAGAUUAAGAAAUUAAUGUUGACAGAGAGACACAUGAAAGUUAGUUUGUUCCUGCAUAGCUGCGCCGAAGGAUACGCUAUAUUUCAAUUGUUUGUCAAUGCAAUUAUUCAUACAUUUGAAUAUUGAAAUAUUUAUCUAAAUAUGAAGCGUCCAGUUAGGACGAGUCUAUUGAAUGAGAAAGAUCGUUUUGGGUAAGGUAUUUCAAUCGUAACGAAAUAUCAGGUUUUAAGGACAUGUCGGUGAGAUCAGUAAAACACAUGUAUAAAGAUGGUCGAACUUAAAUUCUUACAAAAAAAAGCUUCCACUUUUUAA